AUGGCGGCCAACUCGAACGACUUGGAGAAGACGGCGGCAGCCAUGCCGGACGCCGUCCCGUCUGGGCGCGACUCCAGCCACGGCGAUUCGACCGACAACAGCACCGAGAAGCAGCGUCCUAUCGACCUCGCCAAGGCCGACAGCAAGGUAGUCCAAGCCAAAGAUGAAGAGGCCGACGCUGACCCGUAUGCCCAUCUCCCCGAGCGGGAGGCCAAGAUCCUCAAGGACCAGGUCUACACGCCCGAUGUCAAAGUGGGCAUGGCCACGCUCUAUCGCUACUCCUCGCGCAACGACGUGAUCAUCAUCGCCAUCUCGGCCAUCUGCGCAAUUGCCUCGGGCGCUGCCCUGCCCCUGAUGACCGUCAUCUUCGGCAACCUCCAGGGGACCUUCCAGACGUAUUUCACGCCCGGCACCUCCAUGACAUACGACGACUUCGUCGACGAGAUGAGCAGGCUGGUGCUCUACUUUGUCUACCUGGCGAUUGGCGAGUUCGUUACGGCUUACAUUUCCACCGUGGGAUUCAUCUACACGGGCGAGCACAUCAGCGCCAAGAUCCGCGAGCACUACCUCGAGAGCUGCAUGAAGCAAAACAUUGGCUUCUUCGACAAGCUCGGUGCCGGCGAGGUCACCACCCGCAUCACGGCCGACACCAACUUGAUACAGGACGGCAUCUCGGAAAAGGUUGGCCUGACGCUCGCCGCCAUUGCCACUUUCAUUGCCGCCUUUGUCAUUGGUUUUGUCAGCUACUGGAAGCUGACGCUCAUCCUGCUGAGUACUGUCGUUGCCCUGCUGCUCUGCAUGGGCACGAGCUCGAGAUUCAUCGUCAAGUACUCGAGGCAAAACAUCGCUGCGUACGCCCAGGGUGGUUCCGUGGCCGAGGAGGUCAUCAGCAGCGUCCGCAAUGCCAUCGCCUUUGGCACCCAGGACCGCCUCGCCAAGCAGUACGACAGCCACCUCGUCCGCGCCGAGUAUUUUGGCUUCAGGCUCAAGAGCACCCUCGGCGUCAUGAUUGCCGGCAUGAUGUGCAUCCUCUUUCUCAACUACGGCCUGGCCUUCUGGAUGGGCUCGCGCUUCCUCGUCGAUGGCGAGGUCUCGCUGAGCAGAGUGCUCACCGUCAUGAUGAGCGUCAUGAUCGGCGCCUUCAACCUCGGCAACGUCGCCCCGAACAUCCAGGCCUUCACGACAGCACUCGGCGCGGCCGCCAAGAUCUACAGCACCAUCGACCGCAAGUCGCCUAUCGAUCCGUCCAGCGACGAGGGUGCCAAGCUGCCCGAGGUUGUCGGCACCAUCCGUCUGGAGCACGUCAAACAUAUUUACCCCUCGCGCCCUGAAGUUGUUGUGAUGGACGACGUCUCUCUUACGGUCCCUGCCGGCAAGACGACAGCCCUGGUUGGAGCCUCUGGAAGCGGAAAGUCCACCAUCAUCGGCCUUGUCGAAAGAUUUUACUCGCCCAUUGAGGGAACCGUGUACCUGGACGAUGUGGACAUAUCGACCCUCAACCUCCGCUGGUUGCGGCAGCAGAUCGCGCUGGUCUCUCAGGAGCCCACGCUCUUCGGCACAACUAUUUACGAGAACAUUCGCCAUGGCUUGAUCGGGACGAAGUGGGAACAUGAAGGCCCGGAAAAACAACGGGAGUUGAUUGAGGAUGCUGCCAAGAAGGCUAACGCCCACGAUUUCAUCACCUCUCUCCCGGAAGGAUACGAGACCAACGUCGGCGAGCGCGGUUUCCUACUUAGCGGUGGCCAGAAGCAGCGUAUCGCCAUUGCCCGUGCCGUGGUUUCGGACCCCAAAAUCCUUCUCCUGGAUGAAGCGACGAGUGCCCUGGACACCAAAUCCGAAGGCGUCGUUCAAGCUGCUCUGGAAGCUGCUUCGGCGGGGCGCACCACCAUCACCAUCGCGCACCGGCUGUCCACCAUCAAGGAUGCCCACAACAUUGUGGUCAUGCAGCAGGGCCGGAUUGUCGAACAGGGCACCCACGAUGAGCUUCUCGAGAAGCGAGGCGCGUACUACAACCUCGUCACGGCCCAGGCCAUCGCCGCAGUCAGCGAGCUGACAGCCGAAGAGCAAGAGGCCAUCGACAAGGAGGAGACCGAGGCGCUUAUCCGCAAGGCGUCGACCCACAACAAGGAGGGUGCUGUGCCAGAAGACCCAGAUGACGACGUGCAGGCCAAGCUCAACCGAAGCCAGUCGCAGCAGAGUGCCAGCUCAAUGGCUCUGGCCAGACGGACGGCGGCGCAGAAGAAGAAGUAUGGGAUCUGGACGCUUAUCAAGACCAUCGCCAAAUUCAACAGGCAGGAGUGGCCUCUCAUGAUGGUCGGUCUGGUCUUCUCUGUCAUCACCGGUGGUGGUAAUCCGGUCCAGGCCGUCUUCUUCGCCAAGCUUAUCAGCGCCCUCUCUGUGCCGGUCAACGAACAGACGAUUCCCCACAUCCAGUCGGAAGCGUCCUUCUGGUGCCUCAUGUACCUCAUGCUGGGCCUCGUCAUGUUCUUCUCGUAUAUCGCCUCGGGCGUCAUCUUCGCCAAGGCCAGCGAGCGUCUGAUCCACCGGGUCCGCGACAUGUCGUUCCGGUCCAUGCUCCGCCAGGAUGUCGAGUUCUUCGACGUCGACGAGAAUUCAGCCGGCGCCCUCACGUCGUUCCUCAGUACCGAGACGACGCACGUGGCCGGCCUCAGCGGCUCCACCCUUGGAACGAUAAUAUCGGUCCUCACGACCCUGAUUGCCGCGUGUGCUGUAGCACUCUCAAUCGGUUGGAAGCUGGCGCUCGUGUGCAUUGCCACCAUGCCGAUCGUCAUAGGCUGCGGCUUCUUCCGCUUCUGGAUGCUGGCACACUACCAGCGGCGCUCGAAGAAGGCGUAUGCCGGCUCGGCUAGCUACGCAUCUGAGGCCAUCACGGCAAUGCGGACUGUCGCCGCGCUGACGCGCGAAGAGGAUGUCCUGAGCCAGUACAGGGCGUCCCUUGCGGCACAGCAGCGGGCCAGUCUCAUCUCGGUGCUCAAGUCCAGUCUCUUGUACGCGGCUUCUCAAUCCUUCAUGUUCCUGGCCUUCGCCCUUGGUUUCUGGUACGGCGGCACCCUGAUCGCCAAGUACGAGUACGACAUGUUCAAGUUCUUCAUCGUCUUUUCGUCGGUCAUUUUUGGCGCCCAGUCCGCCGGCACGGUCUUCAGCUUCGCCCCCGACAUGGGCAAGGCCGUGGAGGCGUCCCGCGAGCUCAAGACACUCUUUAGCCGCCAACCGUCGAUCGACACGUGGUCUGCCGAGGGCGAAAAAGUCGAGUCGGUUGAAGGCAACAUUGAGUUCCGCGACGUACACUUCCGCUACCCGACGCGGCCCGAACAGCCCGUCCUGCGCGGCCUGAACCUGACCAUCUCGCCGGGCCAGUACGUCGCGCUCGUCGGCGCGUCGGGCUGCGGCAAGUCGACGACCAUCGCCCUGCUCGAGCGCUUCUACGACCCGCUCGCGGGCGGCAUCUUCAUAGACGGCAAGGAGAUCAGCAGCCUCAACAUCAACCAGUACCGCAGCUUCCUCGCGCUCGUCUCGCAGGAGCCGACCCUCUACCAGGGCACCAUCCGCGACAACAUCCUCCUGGGCGCGCCGCACGAGGUGGCGGACGAGCAGAUCAAGUUUGCCUGCCAGGAGGCCAACAUCUACGACUUUAUCCUCAGCCUGCCCGACGGCUUCAAUACCGUCGUCGGCUCCAAGGGCGCGCUGCUGAGCGGCGGCCAGAAGCAGCGCAUCGCCAUCGCCCGCGCGCUCAUCCGCGAUCCCAAGAUCCUGCUACUGGACGAGGCCACGAGCGCGCUCGACUCGGAGAGCGAGCACGUCGUGCAGGCCGCGCUGGACAAGGCGGCCAAGGGCCGCACGACGAUCGCCGUCGCGCAUCGGCUGAGUACCAUCCAGAAGGCCGAUGUCAUCUAUGUGUUUGACCAGGGCCGUGUCGUGGAGCAGGGCACGCAUGCCGAGCUGAUGAAGCGGAACGGGCGGUAUGCGGAGCUGGUGAAUUUGCAGAGCUUGGAGAAACACCGGUGA